UUUAUAGCUAUUUAUUUUUAAAGUGAUUUGUUUUUUCUAUAAGCGUUUCACGUUUGUGAAAAAUGGAUAAAAUGUGAUCAAUGAUCAUUUAAAAUCUCGUUUCUUUCCUAACCAAAUUUAGUUUUUUCUUUAAUUUAAGUUUAAUCUUUAUUACUGUAUUGAACAAAAAAUUCAAAAAGCACUCAAAAGUGUUAAUGCGUAAAACCUCACGCUUAGUGUGUGAAUAUCAAAAUAGAUAGGAGUUUGAAAGUAUCAGGUCAUCGAAAUGUUCCCGCAACUGAGUGCCGGCGGCGGCAACCCGAACAAGGACGUGGAGGUGGUGUCUCCGCCCGACGACACGGUGGCGGCGCUGGAGUUCUCGCCGGCCUCCGUGCCGCAGACCUUCCUGGUGGCGGGCAGCUGGGACAGCAAGGUACGAUGCUGGGAAGUGGAGGCUUCUGGCAAGACUGUGCCCAAAGCUGAGCAGAGCAUGGACGGGCCUGUCCUUGACGUGGCGUGGCAUGAUGAUGGUACAAAAGUAUUCAUGGCCUCUACAGACAAAACUGUCAAAUGUUGGGACCUCGCCAGCAAUCAAACUAUGCAGGUGGCAGCUCACGAUGCUUCAGUGAAGACGUGCCAUUGGGUCAAGGCGCCCAACUACACGUGUCUCAUGACUGCCUCCUGGGACAAGACACUCAAGUUCUGGGACACGCGCAGCGCGGCCGCCAUCAUGAGCCUGGCGCUCUCGGAGCGCUGCUACUGCGCCGCCGUGGACUACCCCAUGGCGGCCGUGGGCUCGGCGGACCGCGGCGUGGCGCUGUACUCGCUGGAGGGCAAGCCGGCCGAGGUGAAGCGCGUGGAGUCGCCGCUCAAGUACCAGCACCGCUGCGUCGCCAUCUUCCGCGACAAGAAGACCAAGCAGCCCACGGGCUUCGCGCUGGGCAGCGUGGAGGGCCGCGUGGCCAUCCAGUACGUCAGCCCCACCAACCCCAAGGACAACUUCACCUUCAAGUGCCACCGCUCGCAGGGCUCGGGCGGCUACCAGGACAUCUUCGCCGUCAACGACGUGGCCUUCCACCCGGCGCACGGCACGCUGGCCACCGUGGGCUCGGACGGCUCCUUCUCCUUCUGGGACAAGGACGCGCGCACCAAGCUCAAGAGCUCGGAGCUGCUGGACCAGCCGCUCACCAAGUGCGCCUUCAACCACAGCGGGCAGAUCUUCGCCUACGCCGUGGGCUACGACUGGUCCAAGGGUCACGAGAACUACAACUCGGCCAAGAAGAACUACAUCUUCCUGAGGCCCUGCUUCGAAGAUCUCAAGCCCAGGUCUACUUAGUGGAGGAGCCUUCCUAAUAUAGUUACGUUUUGUA